AUGGCCAAGAAGAAGAAGAAUAAGAACAAUAACAACAACCGUCUUCCUGCUGGAGCUACGACACCAAACCCCGAAGCCAAGGAUAUCGACAAGCCAGCCCCAGAGCCGGCUGCUGUAGGGGACGAAGAUGCAGGAGCCCCAAUACAAACCUAUGAAAUUGGCUCUUUAACUUUCUCUUCUUAUCCCAUCACCCCUAAAAAUACCAAUGCGAAUCGUCUGACGGAGGGCAAGGACCAGGAUAACCAAACGGCCGCCGAUGCCGAACCGAAAAAGGAGGAUGCCCCCGUCGAGCCCCCAACAGAAGAGCCUAGCAAGCCUGCAGAAGAGAGCUCAUCGAACUCAGAACCUGCUGAAUCACCAGAGGCAGCGACUCCGCCAACGGAGCCUGACUCCUCAGAGCCCGCAGAGCCCUCAGAGCCCGCAGAGUCUGCAGAGUCUGCAGAGGCCACCAAUCCCGCCAGCGGAGACGCAAAUGAAGAGGGUAAGGAAGAGCCUGCUGGCGAUGAGCCAGCGCCGAACCCAGAGGGCGAAAGCGCUCCAGACGAAGCCGCUCAAGAACCUCCUGCAGAGAGUGCAGAAAAUCCAGCGGUCGAAGCGAAGGACGAAGAGCCUGCACCUCCCGCAGAGGAACCAGCCACAGCUGACGACGGAGCCAAGCAAGACGAUAACAAUGACAACAAUGACGAGGAUUUUCCAGAAUGUGACCCUGAAGCCGGGCUCGACAAAGUAGAGGCCGAAAAGGAAGCACUCGCCAAGCAAGAAGCUGAAGACGCCAAAGCCGAGGAGGAUCUCCCACCGGCAGAUGGUGAUGCUCCAGCUGCUAGUGAUGAGCAACCCCCAGCAGAAGAAGCUACGGAUAUCCCUGCAGAUACACCCGCGGAUGCUUCUGCUGAAGAGCCAACCAGCAAAUCGAAAAAGAAGAAGAAGAACAAAAAGGCGGAGCCUGCACCAGAGCCCGAGAAAGAGGUCCUCAGUGAAGAACCAGCAACCGAAAGUCCGCCAGAAGCUGCACCUGCCGAUCCUGUUCCGCCAGCCGAAGAGACUCCAGCCGAAGAGCCACUUACCGAAGAGCCACCAACUGAAGAGCCACCAGCCGAAGAGUCACCCGUCGCAGAGCCACCUGUCGCCGAAGAAACAGCCGGCAAAUCGAAGAAGAAGAAGAAGAACAAAAAGGCGGAGCCUGCACCAGAGCCUAUCCCUGACCCUGUUGAACCACCUGCAGAAGAGGCAUCGGCACCACAAGGCGAUGAAAAUGCUGAAGCAGAGGCAGAGACAAAGCCCGCUGAAGCAGCAGAACCCGCCGAGGGUGACGCCCCCGGGGAACCCGAAGAAGUGCCACCAGCCACAGAACCGGAGGAGGUGCCAGCUGAAGCUACCCAAGAAACAGAAAUCGCUCCAGUUGAAGAGGCCCCCGCUGCUGAUGCUUCCAUCGAUGCACCUCCAGAGGAUAGGGCUGUCGAGGAAUCUCCAAAGGAGCCCGAGCCCGAGCCUGCUCCAGCCGCAGUUGACGAGGUCAAGGAAGAGGACACGCCUUCUGAGGAUACCGCUCCAGAGCCAGCAGCUGAGCCGGUCGAAGAGCCACAAGCAGCACCAGAGCCGGCACCAGCAGUCGAAGAAGUAGCAGAGGCACUGACUAUUGAAGAACCUGUGGCUGAACAGCCUGCAGAAGAAAUUAAAGCUGAAGCCGAAGCUGCACCUGAGGCGGAACCUGCACCUGAGCCCGAACCUCCAGCAGAAACAGUGGUGGAAGAGCCAACCUCAGAGGCAGAUCAGCCAAAGGAGAUUCCAGCAGAAGUCCCGCUGGCUGAAGCUGAAGAUGCACCUGCACCUGCACCUGCUGAGCCUGAACCAGCGCCAGAGCCUGCACCCGCUGAGCCAGAGCCAGUACCAGAACCUGCACCCGCUGAGCCAGAACCAGCGCCUGAGCCUGCUCCUGCUGAGCCAGAGCCAGUACCAGAACCUGCACCCGCCGAGCCAGAACCAGCGCCUGAGCCUGCUCCUGCUGAGCCAGAGCCAGAGCCAACGCCUGCUGAACCUGAGCCUGCACCCGCUGAGCCUGAACCAGUGCCAGAACCUGCAGCGGCUGAGCCAGAGCCAGAGCCAACGCCUGCUGAACCUGAGCCUGCACCCGCUGAGCCUGAACCAGUGCCAGAACCUGCACCGGCUGAGCCUGAGCCAGAGCCAACGCCUGCUGAACCUGAGCCUGCACCCGCUGAGCCUGAACCAGUGCCAGAACCUGCAGCGGCUGAGCCAGAGCCAGAGCCAACGCCUGCUGAACCUGAGCCUGCACCCGCUGAGCCUGAACCAGUGCCAGAACCUGCACCCGCCGAGCCAGAGCCAGCGCCAGAGCCUGCACCCGCUGAACCUGAGCCAGUUCCAGAACCUGCACCCGCCGAGCCAGAGCCAGCGCCAGAGCCUGCACCCGCUGAACCUGAGCCAGUUCCAGAACCUGCACCCGCCGAGCCAGAGCCAGCGCCAGAGCCUGCACCCGCUGAACCUGAGCCAGUUCCAGAACCUGCACCCGCAGAGCCAGAGCCAGCGCCAGCGCCAGAGCCUGCACCCGCUGAACCAGAACCAGUUCCAGAACCUGCACCCGCCGAGCCAGAACCAGCGCCUGAGCCUGCUCCUGCUGAGCCAGAACCAGUACCAGAACCUGCACCCGCUGAGCCAGAACCAGAACCAGAACCUGCACCGGCUGAGCCAGAGCCAGAGCCUGCACCCGCUGAACCAGAACCAGUUCCAGAACCUGCACCCGCCGAGCCAGAACCAGUACCGGAGCCUGAACCUGCACCCGUUGAAUACGAGCCAUUCCCUACCGAGCCUCUUGUGCCCCGGGCACCCGCUUCUGAUGGACUUGCACCUGAUGAGAUUCCUCCCGGGGAGUCCGCUGAGGGACCUCGUGGCGAGCUUAUGGAUCCCAUGGAUCCUACGGUAACUAGGCAAGGUUCUCGCAGAAAGAAGAGACGUUCGUCCAGUUAUCGUGAAGACCGUGAACGAGAGCGACGACAUUCGAAGACCUCCUCUGAGGGCCGCAAGGAGCAGCUUUCCCGCCCCAAGAAUGACGGUGGCUUGUUCACUAAUCGGUGGGCCAAGGCUUUGGAGCAAGCCCGAAAGGAACAUGACGACAAGCAGCAGAGGAAGAUCCAGGAGAAGAGGAAGCAGGAAGCUAUCAGUGAAGACCGUCAACGCAGUGGAGUCUCGCCACCUGAGAAGACCAGAAGCUCCGAGAAGAUUGCUGCGAGAGAGGAGCCGGUAGCAGCGGAGGAACCACCUAUCGUUGAGGUUGAGAUCGAACCCAGGCCCAAGCGUCGUUCAUCCGAACAAGGCCAGGCUAGAUCGGUCAAGACCACAUCUUCGAAACAGGCAGCCUCCUCAGCUCCUGCUCCCAAGCGCGCUUUCCUUCGAUAUAUGGGUAAUGGUCAAUCGGACACGACCAGACCUAUUGUACGAGUCAACAGCACGAAGUCUACUGCCCCAACUUCUGAGCGUCGUCAUUCGAUCAGCCACAGCAACAGCAGUGGUCCGCCGAGUGAUGAGAAAGUCACCAUUGACGAGAGGGGACCUAGUACUCGCUCCGGUGGCUCUUCCUCUCGCCGCGAAGCACGUCGUGAAGAAAGGCGCGAGGAGAGACGUGAGGAGCGUCGGCAAGAAGAAGCUCGACCCGAGAGGAAAGCACGGAGACGGUCUCGCGACGAACCCGAGUCCAGCAAGCCCCGGUCAAGGGAGCGAGAGAAGAAGCCCGAGAUCUCUCGUCGCGCCGCCCGCCAGGAAAGCAGAGACAUGGAUCCUCACUCGCGCCGUCAUCGUCGUCGCGAAGAAUCUCCACCAAAGGAACAAUCCAAGCUCAAGAGUAUUCUCCGAGCUAUCGCAGCGCACUAG